GUAAGUCUCCAAGCAACCGCCACAUGCACGUGCCUGCUUGUUUUUCUACGUCAUUUCCUGCGCGGUAGACUACUCAAUCAGACAGCAAGUUGUGUACUGGCUAGCGUUGGAUCCUUCGCGCUGUGUAGUUCGUACAAAACUUACAGUCUUCGCCGUCUUUCGAUCACAUUAUUGCUCAUCUGCUCUCGCACGGAUGAAUGUGGACAUAUGUCCUACACCACUCUGACGCCGUGGACGUAUUUUGUCUCCAUGUUUUACUGUUACCGCCCACGUUAGCAACGUUAGCUGCUAUCAUUAGCCGGGAGGCGUUGUCGAGCUAGUUUCCAAACUUUUAGCUUGGACCAAACUUCUUGGUAGUCCUGCAUGGAUCACGUGUUUGUAGGCAACUAGAUGUUUUAGCUAGCUAGAAGAGCAACGGAUUGGGUUUGUUGCCGCGAAGUUCAUCAUGUCUACUCAGCUGACUGCAGAGCAGCAGCGGAAAAUUGAGGAAAACAGACGGAGGGCUUUGGAAAGAAGAGCCCAGAGACUUGGACAGACGAUCAGUAACAACAAGCAGACCCCUGUAGUCUUCAGCAGUUCUUCGGUGCAGGUACAGGCCCCUAAACAGGGCAUUAACUCAGAUCCUGCUACUUUCACUCAUCACAGAGAGACACCCUGCUCAGCUUCUGCACCAAAACGGGUUGUUCUCCCAUUCAAACAAGACUUGCAGACCUUUAGUAACCAAAAUCAAGGCCCAAAGCCUCAGCAGUCAUCUGGCAUUGGCAGUCAAAUCAACCAGAGCAAUCUGAUUAACACUGCUUCUUCACGAAAGACACAAUUGAUUGACCCACUUCAACAGACAAGAAGUCAACAUGUGAGCAUCCCUGUGCUGUCCAGCGGAGGAGGCUUUGGUGAAAAGCCAAAUCUUCCCAAACCUAACCUCACCCCUAACAGCUCUGGUGGUGCUGCUGGCUCAUUCUACAAGCAAACUAAUAAACCUGCUCAAAGUCCUGUGGCACAGCCUCCCUCGAACUCAUCAGCUUUGAAUGCUGUACCUGCAAAGAAGCCUACCAUCUCUGUAAGAGGAAAAUGUGUACCUCACUCGGAGGACCGCUUCAGAGUAGAAGUGGGCUACCAUGCAGAGCUUAUUGCAGUUUUUAAAUCUAUCCCCUCGAAAAACUAUGACCCUACCACAAAGAUGUGGAACUUCAGUCUGGAGGCCUAUCAACAGCUAAUGGAGGAAGCAGCUGCUAUUGCCUCUGUGUCUUUGAGGCCUCUGGAGGGAAUGGACGCACUGGAUGUUGCAGCAGCCACAAGUCGAGCUCGUGAUGGCGCCGCUCUGGGAGCACUGCUAAAGCUCUGUAACGGCUGGCAGAAACCCGGAGCCACAAUGCAGGGACAGUGCAUCCUGGUGUCUCCGACAAAGUUUGAGGUUGACAUUGGUUACCAUGUCGACGUCAUUGCAGCAUUCAAGCAAAUGCCAACAAAGAAUUAUGACAUGAAAACAAGAAAGUGGAGCUUUUCACUCCAGGAUUACAAGAGACUCAUGGAUCGCCUCGGUGAGAUAGCAGCAGUGGAGGUGGAGCCUCUGCCCAGGGCAAUAGUCCAGGCUUUCUCUGCCAGGUUUGAUGGGACUGAAGCCAGGUCUUUAGACGUCCCUGAGGCAGACCUCUCCAGCGUCGACCCCACGCUCACCAGCAGCCUCAUGCCAUUCCAGAGAGAGGGAGUCAAUUUUGCAGUGUCUAAACAAGGUCGCCUCCUCCUGGCUGAUGACAUGGGCCUGGGAAAGACUGUGCAGGCCAUCUGUAUAGCAGCCUACUAUAGGAAUGAGUGGCCCUUGCUGGUGGUGGCUCCCUCCUCUGUGCGAUUCACCUGGGCUGAGGCCUUCAGACGCUGGCUCCCCUCCCUGAGUCCUGCAGGCAUCAAUGUCGUGGUAAAGGCCAAAGACAACCUGCAGUCUGGUUUGGUCAACAUCAUCAGCUACGACCUCCUGAGCAGGAUGGACAAGCCAGGAAACCCCUUCAGUGUUCUCAUCAUGGAUGAGUCUCAUUUCCUAAAGAACAUGAAGACGGCUCGUUGUAAAGCAGCCUUGCCUCUGCUGAAGGCAGCGAAGAGAGUGAUUCUUCUGUCUGGGACCCCUGCCAUGUCCAGGCCCUCUGAGCUCUACACCCAGAUCCUGGCUGUCAAGCCCACACUCUUUCCUCGCUUCCAUGAGUUUGGGCUGCGCUACUGCGAUGCCAGACAGAUGACUUGGGGGUGGGACUACUCAGGCUCCUCUAACCUCAGGGAGCUGAAGCUGCUACUGGAGGAGUGUCUGAUGUUGCGCCGCCUCAAGUCAGACGUCCUCUCCCAGCUUCCUGCCAAACAACGCAAGGUUGUCACGGUGACCAUAAAUGGUAUCAACACCCGCACAAAAGCUGCUCUGUCAGCUGCUGCCAAGCAGUUGGCCCAGGGGAACCACAAUAAAAAGGAAGAGAAGGAAGCCCUCCUCGUCUUUUAUAACCACACAGCUGAAGCCAAGCUGCAAGCCAUUAUGGAAUACAUCACAGACAUGCUGGAGGGUGGGAGGGAGAGGUUUCUAGUGUUCGCGCAUCACAAGCUGGUCCUGGAUCAUAUCACCACCGAACUGGGAAAAAAGAAUGUCGAUUACAUCCGUAUUGACGGGGCCACCCCAUCGGCUGAACGGCAGCAGCUGUGUGAGAAGUUCCAGUACUCGACCAAGGCCUGUGUGGCUGUACUGUCUAUCACUGCAGCUAAUAUGGGUCUCACCCUGCACUCUGCUGACCUGGUGAUCUUCGCUGAGCUUUUCUGGAACCCCGGGGUUCUCAUUCAGGCAGAAGAUAGAGUGCACCGUAUUGGACAAACCAACAAUGUAAACAUCCAUUACCUGGUUGCCAAGGGAUCUGCUGAUGAUCACCUAUGGCCAAUGAUCCAGGAAAAAAUGAACGUCUUGGAGCAAGUGGGUCUGUCUGAGUCAAACCUCUCGGACAAUGCAAUGAACGCCAGCUUCCACUCUAAGGACCCUAACCAAAGGAGCAUCAUGGAGAUGUUUCAGAGAUCUUUCAGUGAGGAUGGUGACAUGGAUGAAGCCAUCUUGCUUGAGGCUGCAAAAGACUGGGAGGACACCUCGCCUGAGAACAGCUGCGCUCAACACAACGCCAUAGUCAGACAAAGCCCCAGCAAAAGAAGCAUUAAAGACUAUUUCAGCAGAUGACUCAAAAACUUUCUAUGUUAACGAAUUAUAUUAUUAUGUCUUUCUUUCUAUCAUGACUGAUGUGAACUUAUUGACAAGUGUUUUAGUUAUUUUAAUAGUUAUAUUUUUUUCUAUUAAGAGAAAAUAAAUAAACAUCGGACUC